GAGCAGCCUUCCCCCCGGGUAUGGUCUCUGCCCGCGCUCGGCCCCCCUGCUUGGCUACUUGUCCUGCCCGGGCAAUCGCACGCAUGCUCCAUGAGCCCCCAGUGGGCCUUGGUGCACCCAACAAGGCCGGCUUCCCCCGCUCCUUCUGCAGCGCAAGCGCAAAUCCGAGCACGAAAUGGACACCCGCCGGCACUCUUCGACUUUUGCGAGCUGCCCUCGGGACUGCCCGUCUUCGCUGUCUGCUCGUCUCGACUGCUUGGCCCGACGCCCUCCAGUCGUCCGCCAGCUCGCUCUCCCCACACUCUUCGUGGUGGUGGUGGUUCUUUGCAGAGAUCGGCGCUAUGAACUAAGAUCCAAGCGACCUGCCGCCCGCCUCGUCUUGUCUGCCGUCUUGUUCCUCCCAUCAGCGCCAAUAUCGUCAACGCCAAAUAUCACCAACGUCGGCUCUUCGCAAUGUCUGCCCACGACAGUACCGACUGCACCAUCAUUCGACCAUGGCUCGCUCGCAGCGACUGCUGCUCCUCGUCUGCGGUGGAGUGCGUCCAAAACCGAAUCGUUGGGCUGUGAGUCUCCUUGCCCUUUGCUCCGCCAUGGCUACUUGAUACAUGGGCCGCCGUCACUUGUCCGGACACGAUGCCUGCCAUGUCGGCCAGACGACUAAUAGCAACGAUGGGUUUGGAUGAUCUGCUCUGCUCUGCUCUGCUCUUGAUCGGACUUUGGCCAUCCCGCCGAC